AUAAUGAUUGGGUAAAAUAAUGAAGACUUUAUAACAAAUUUAAUCGUUGGUCUCUAUCAUCUAUCAUGUUAUAAUUAAAGUCAAACGAAUAGGUUACAUUUAGCCUGAAGUGUCUUUUUGCUGUGUAUGGCAUGUGACCAUAAACAUCCCGAAUAUUAAAUAAUAAAGUCAGAACAUUUUACCUUUUACUACAUCACAUUACCAGACAUUUUGUUAAAUAAUGUCCCCGACAGAUUCAGGAAACCUCAACAUUUACCCAGUUCUUUUGAUUUAACGCGCAUUUGCAUAAAACACCAACCAGUACCAGAGCUGGCAGCGUUAGCCUCAUUUGUCCCCUCCGACUUGCCGUACUGCGGCUGUGCCAGCACCAGCUGCUGUGCUUUUCUCUCUCUCUCUCUACGGUGUUUCGCUCUUCUGAUGUUCAGGUAAACAUGUCGGUGAUGGGAGGUGGUACCAGGGGCUUUUACUUCAACACAGUCCUGUCGCUGGCCCGUUCUUUGGCAGCCCACCGUCCCGCACCAGUGGAAAAGGUCCAGAAACUACAAUGUAUGUGUCCACUGGAAGUCCGUGGUGUGUUUACUCUGGACAUGCGUCGCAGAGAUGCUGUUAUUGCACUGGCCGUGUUUCUGGUGGAGUCUGGCCUUCAGCACAAAGACAUAUUUGUCCCUUACUUGCUGAGCCUGAUGAAAGGACUACCACGGGUCCAGUGGAUCGAAGAGAACUCGGGAAAGAAAGGAAAUGAAUUUCUCCCAGUGGCCGAAACAUUCAGCUUCUGUCUAGUGACACUUCUGUCAGACGUGGCUCAGAGGGACCCAGACUCUCGACUGGAGAUUUUAAACACUAUCAUGGAGGUCAUGCAGGUGCUGCUGGAGAUGUGCCAGACACCUGAUAAUCAGGAACAAGUUUAUCUUUGCAGAUAUAUCAUCCCCAGCCUGCUUGGCAUAACUCGAGCAUUUGGCCGCUACAGCAACACAGACGAGGCGCUGCUGUCCAAGUUGUUCCCCAAGGAUUCUCCGCAGUCACGCUGCGUCACAGAGGAGGCGGAGGGGGUGCGGCGCAGGUCCUUCAAUGACUUUCGUUCCAUCCUUCCAUCGUCACUGAUCACCGUGUGCCAGAAUGACACUCUGCGAAGACGCACGGGGACCAACCUGGAUCCUUCUGCACUGGCAUGUGCAGAUGCUGGUGGAAACUCACCCUGCUCCCCCACUACUCCUGGCCCACAUUACUUUGAAGGUGCUUACCUUCCAGAUAGCAGUGCAGUGGACCCUGACUACUAUUUCUCUACAGUCAGCUCCAGUUUUUCAGUGUCUCCUCUCUUCAUGGGGCCUGGAGAAAAUGAGGUGGAGGUUCCUGUUGAGCUGCUGCGACACCUCCUGGGAAUGGUGAAGAUCUUCGUUUCUGAAUCUUUUUUGAAGUCUCUUGAUAGCUCUGUGUUGGAAGUUACAGAGUCUAACCCUGGAGUCAACCUCUAUUACAAAGCCUUCAGUGACCCUCUCUAUGUGUGCGUGUUCAAAAUGCUGCGGGACACACUGUACUACAUGAAAGCCUUGCAGCCAGCUUUUGUUCGAGAGGUACACGAUUUUGUACUGGAACAAUUUAGCAGCAGCCAGUCGGAGCUGCAGCGGGUGCUCCAUGAUGCAGGGGGGUUGCCAGGGGAACAGAGCCCUCUUAAGCUCCGUUGCCAAGCCAAUGCGGCAUGUGUGGACCUGAUGGUGUGGGCCGUCAAAGAUGAACAAGGAGCGGAGAAUUUGUGCACCAAACUGUCAGAAAAACUUCAGUCAAAAACCUCCAGUAAAGUCAUCAUCGCUCAUAUGCCCCUACUCAUCUGUUGUCUGCAGGGCCUGGGUCGUCUGUGCGAGAGGUUUCCUGUCGUGGCUCACUCCGCCACCACCUGCCUCAAGGACUUCCUGGUGGUUCCUUCGCCUGUUCUCAUCAAACUCUACAAGUAUCACAGCCAGUACAGUACAGGUGCCGGAGAAAUAAGGAUCAAUGUGACCAACGAACAUUCUCAGUCCACCUUCACCCCCCUGUCCAGCAGGAAGGACCAGCCGUCCAUGUAUGAGCAGCUGAGAGACAUUUCUAUCGACAACAUUUGCAGAUGUCUCAAAGCUGGACUGACCAUGGACCGGGUCAUCGCAGAGGCAUUUCUGGCCAGUUUGUCCAACCGUCUUUACAUUUCACAAGAAAAUGACAAGGAUGCUCACCUCAUCCCCGAUCACACCAUUCGUGCCCUGGGUCACAUCGCAGUGGCUCUGAGAGAUGCUCCUAAAGUCAUGGAGCACAUCCUUCAGAUUCUUCAACAGAAGUUCUGUCAGCCUCCCUCACAGCUGGACGUUCUCAUCAUCGACCAGCUGGGCUGCAUGGUCAUCACAGGAAAUCAAUACAUCUACCAGGAAGUGUGGAACCUUUUCCAGCAAAUCAGUGUGAAGGCCAGUUCAGUGGUUUACUCCGCCACCAAAGACUACAGAGAUCAAGGCUACAGGCAUUGUUCUUUGGCUGUGAUAAAUGCUUUAGCUAAUAUCGCAGCCAACCUGCAUUGGGAGCAGCUGGCGGACGAACUAAUGGUAAACCUUUUAGAGCUGUUUGUCCAACUGGGUCUGGAAGGAAAGAGAGCCAGUGAGAGAGCCUCAGAUAAAGGACCAGCACUGAAGGCAUCAAGCAGUGCUGGAAAUCUGGGUGUCCUGAUCCCGGUCAUUGCUGUGUUGACCAGACGACUUCCGCCAAUCAAGGAGGCUAAGCCCCGCCUCCAGAAGCUUUUCAGGGACUUCUGGUUGUAUUCUGUGGUCAUGGGCUUCGCAGAAGAAGGAUCAGGGCUUUGGCCAGAGGAGUGGUAUGAAGGAGUGUGUGAAAUCGCCACCAAGUCUCCUCUCCUCACCUUCCCCAGCGGAGAACCUCUUCGUUCUGAGCUGCAGUACAACUCAGCUCUAAAGAAUGACACAGUUACACCGGCAGAGCUGAGUGAGCUGAGGGCAACAAUCAGCAAUCUCCUGGACCCUCCUCCUGAAGGAUCUGCCCUCAUUAACAAGCUGGACUUCGCCAUGUCCACCUAUCUGCUGUCAGUCUACAGAUUAGAAUACAUGAGGAUGCUGAGAUCCAAUGAUCCCGACAGGUUUCAGGUCAUGUUUCGAUAUUUUGAGGACAAAGCCAUUCAGAAGGACAAAUCAGGCAUGAUGCAGUGCAUUAUUUGUGUUGGUGACAAAGUUUUUGAUGUUUUUCUCCAAAUGAUGGCUGAAAAGCCGAAGACCAAAGAGCACGAAGAAGAACUGGAGCGACAUGCCCAGUUUCUGUUGAUCAACUUUAAUCACACCCACAAGAGGAUCAGAAGAGUGGCAGACAAAUACCUCUCUGGUUUGGCUGAGACGUUCCCACAUCUGCUGUGGAGCGGCCGUGUCCUGAAGACAAUGUUGGAUAUUUUGCAGACACUGUCUCUUUCACUAAGUGCUGAUAUCCACAAAGAUCAGCCGUACUAUGAUAUUCCAGACACUCCCUACAGAAUCACCGUUCCUGACACUUAUGAAGCCCGAGAGAGUAUAGUCAAAGAUUUUGCUGCUCGUUGUGGUGAGAUCCUGAAAGAGGCAAUGAAAUGGGCUCCUUCAGUCACAAAGUCCCACCUACAGGAAUACCUGAACAAACACCAGAACUGGGUGUCAGGACUGUCCCAGCACACUGGCUUGGCUAUGGCUACGGAGAGCAUACUGCACUUUGCAGGCUACAACAGGCAGAGUACAACACUAGGCGCUGCUUUCCCUCAGAUCACUCAGCUGACAGAGAGACCUACCUGUGUGAAGAAGGAUUAUUCCAACUUCAUGGCUUCACUCAACCUGCGCAACCGCUACACAGGAGAGGUGACCGGUAUGAUCCAGUUCUCAGAGGCCACUCACAGCCAGUCUGACCUCAACAAGCUGAUGAUCAAUCAGAUGACCGAUGCGUUGGACAAAAACGACCCAGAGGCCUUCACACAGACCAUGUUCAAGAUGGCCGCCCUGCUCAUCAUUACCAAAAAUUGUGAUCCUCAGCUCCUGCACCAUCUGUGCUGGUCUCCACUGAAGAUGUUCACAGAACACGGGAUGGAAACAGCUAUCGCCUGUUGGGAGUGGCUGCUCGCUGCUCACAAUGGAGUGGAAGUUCCAUUCAUGCGUGAGAUGGCAGGUGCUUGGCAGAUGACAGUGGAGCAGAAGACGGGUUUGUUUUCAGAGACCGAAGUAGAAGCAGGUCCACUGGCCGUGUCCGAGGAGAGUCAACCUACGCCCUGUGCACCCGAUGUCAUCCCUCACUUUCUCUGGAUUGAGUUUCUUGUGCAGAGGUUCGAAAUAGCCAAAUACAGCAGUGCGGAUCAGGUGGAGAUUUUCACCACAGUUUUGCAGCGAUCCCUGACCUUAAAUGUGGGUGGAGCUAAAAGCAGCCUCAACCGUCAUAUUGCUGCCAUUGGACCAAGAUUCAGACUCCUCACUCUGGGUCUGACUCUACUACAUGCUGAUGUGGUGACCAAUGCCACCAUCAGAAACGUGCUCCGAGAGAAAAUCUACUCCACAGCCUUUGACUAUUUCAGUGUCGCUCCCAAAUUCCCAACACAGACUGACAAACGACUGAGAGAAGACAUCAGUAUAAUGAUCAAGUUUUAUGCCACUCUGCUGUCAGAUAAGAAAUAUCUGACUGCAAACCAGCUGGUUCCUCCAGAUCCCCAGGACAUGUCUGUGAACAGUCUGUCUGUCAUGACAGUGACUGACAGCCGCAGUAAUCUGGAUGCAGCAGUGGGACAGAGGCAGCAGGUGGCUCAGGGAUGGAUCAACACCUAUCCUCUGUCUUCAGGGAUGUCCACCAUCUCCAAAAAAUCCGGACUGUCUAAAAAGAGCAACAGAGGAUCUCAGCUCCACAAAUACUAUAUGAAACGCAGGACUCUGCUACUAGCAUUAUUGGCCAGCGAGAUCGAACGGCUGACCAUAUGGUACAACCCACUCUCCACUCAGGAGCUUGCUAUUGCUACGGAGCAGUCAGUCGAGACGAGCAUUGCCAACUGGAGAUCCAAAUACAUCAGUCUGACAGAGAAACAGUGGAAGGACCACGUCAACCUAUCCUGGAGCAUAGCACCUUAUCUGGCCCUGCAGCUGCCCACCAGAUUUAAAAACACAGAGGCCAUCGUCUCUGAGGUGACACGUCUGGUGCGAAUGGAUCCGGCCGCUGUGUGCGACGUUCCAGAGGCGGUGAAGUUUUUAGUGACAUGGCACACCAUUGAUGCUGACUCUCCAGAGCUGAGUCAUAUCCUGUGCUGGGCCCCGGCUGAUCCUCCCACUGGCCUCUCCUACUUUUCCUCCAUGUACCCUCCUCACCCACUCACUGCUCAGUACGGGGUCAAAGUGCUCCGCUCUUUUCCGCCUGAUGCAAUUUUGUUUUACAUUCCUCAGAUUGUACAAGCACUUCGGUAUGAUAAGAUGGGUUACGUCAGAGAGUACAUCCUAUGGGCAGCUCAGAAGUCUCAGCUGCUGGCUCACCAGUUUAUCUGGAACAUGAAGACCAACAUUUACCUGGAUGAGGAAGGAAGCCAAAAAGAUCCUGAUAUCGGUGAGCUGUUGGAGCAGAUGGUGGAGGAGAUCACCGGCUCUCUGUCAGGUCCAGCCAAAGACUUCUACCAGAGAGAAUUUGACUUUUUCAACAAGGUCACCAACGUGUCGGCCAUUAUCAAGCCUUUUCCCAAAGGUGAGGAGAGGAAGAGAGCCUGCCUGGAGGCCAUGUCACAGAUCAAGGUCCAGCCUGGCUGUUAUCUCCCCAGUAAUCCUGAGGCCAUAGUUUUGGAUAUCGACUACAAGUCCGGGACCCCCAUGCAGAGUGCUGCCAAAGCUCCGUAUCUGGCUAAAUUUAAAGUAAAGCGCUGUGGAGUCAGUGAGCUGGAAAAAGAAGGUUUGCAGUGUCGUUCAGAUUCUGUAGAUGAAAAGAACGAAGAAGAGGCCAAGAGGGUCUGCUGGCAGGCGGCCAUCUUUAAAGUGGGCGACGACUGCAGACAGGACAUGCUGGCUCUUCAGAUCAUCAGCCUGUUUAAGAAUAUCUUCCAGCUGGUGGGAUUAGACCUCUACGUGUUUCCUUACAGAGUCGUGGCCACAGCUCCUGGCUGUGGCGUCAUUGAGUGCAUCCCAGACUGUAAGUCCAGAGAUCAGCUGGGCCGACAGACUGAUUUCGGCAUGUAUGACUACUUCAGGAACCAGUAUGGAGACGAGUCAACCCUGGCCUUCCAGAAGGCGCGGUACAACUUUAUCCGCAGCAUGGCUGCUUACAGCCUGCUGCUCUUCCUGCUGCAGAUCAAGGACAGACACAACGGCAACAUCAUGCUGGACAGUCAGGGCCACCUCAUCCACAUCGACUUUGGGUUCAUGUUUGAAAGUUCUCCUGGUGGGAACCUGGGCUGGGAACCUGACAUCAAGCUAACAGAUGAGAUGGUGAUGAUCAUGGGCGGUAAGAUGGAGGCCACGCCCUUCAAGUGGUUCAUGGAGAUGUGUGUGAGAGGAUACCUGGCUGUCAGGCCCUACAUGGACGGAGUGGUCUCCUUGGUAAACCUCAUGUUGGACACCGGUCUUCCCUGCUUCAGAGGACAAACCAUUAAAUUACUGAAGCAGCGGUUUAAUCCCGGUUUGAGCGAGAAAGACGCAGCGUCCUUCAUCAUCAAAGUUAUCCAGAACUGUUUCCUCAGCAACAGGAGUAAAACCUACGACAUGAUCCAGUAUUACCAAAAUCAGAUCCCAUACUGAACAUCUGUGCCUGAGCAUGUGCUACUGCUGUAGUCACCGGUACAUAAUGUGUGUGUUUUUUAUUUAAUUUUUAUCGUUCACCACAGAGAAUUAUUGAAAAUUGUUCUUUAUGCUUGGUUAAGAUAUUUUAAAUAAUAUAUAUUAGUAAUAUAUUGCUAUUUAUUAUGUUAAAAUAAUGUUAAAGUUUACGUAGUUUGCACUUUCAGCAUCUUGACUUUGGUGGUUUGUUUUUCUCUGCACGUUGACUGUGUACGGUGUAGAUGCCAAAAAUUAAUUUAGUUUCUACUGUUUGUGAAUGUGACUUCCUGAAGAUGUUUACUGGAGUGACGUCAUUGUGAUGUCACCAAGUCAACUGUAAUUAAUUAGGACACGUGUGGUCGGUUUAGUUGUCGAACACUGUACUACUGUUCUUGUAUUUUUCAGAGUACUUUAGUCCGUGGCCUGGUACACAUCCUAUUUUACAACAGUUUAAGAUUGUAGAGUCAAAGACGGUCUAUAUUUGUGGUUUCCCUUCUUUUCUAUAAUCACAGGAGAAACAAUGCAAACACGGAAACAGCGGGGCCUUGUUUUAUACAUUUUAGCCAAAGGGUUUAGGAAAAGUUAUGCACAAAAAAUAAAAUAUUCUAUUUUUUUUUUUGGUGAAUGGAAGUCCCAGGCACAGCUGGAAAGUGGCGCAGUGGCAUGAGGUGAGGAACUGUUCGUUGCCAUGUAGCAAGCGUUACACUUAGCCUGUGGUUAGCCGUGCGGUGCCUCAUGUAACUUUUUGCUUGAUACCUAUUUAUGUAAUGUGGCAGAGUG